UGGAGGCGUAAAUGUUUUGCUCGAUCCGUCUUUGUCUGUGGCACUUUCAAAAGCACGAAUGUUGUCUCGAUCCGGCCAGUGCAAAACGUUUACUGCUGAAGCUGACGGUUAUGUAAGAGGGGAGGGCUGUGGAAUUCUGAUCUUGAAACGCCUAGAGGAUGCAGAGCGAGAUGGCAAUAAGGUAUGGGCCAAUAUCUAUACUGGAACAAAUCAAGAUGGUGGAAAUGAAAAGCCAAUAACGGCACCGUCAAAGAAACAGCAGAAGGAAUUAUUACAGGAUAUAUAUGAAACAUAUCAGAUAGACAAAUCAUGCAUUCAAGUCAUUGAGGCUCACGGCACUGGAACAGAGAAAGGAGACCCUGUGGAAGUAAACGCUCUUGGUGAGUUCUUCUCUUCAAAUAGCAAUGAAUCGAAUCAGCGAAAUAAUUCAGCUUUCAUAGGCUCUGUGAAAACAAACGUUGGACAUUUAGAAGCAGCAGCUGGGGUUGCAGGCCUUUUCAAGGUUCUCUUAAUGAUGAAUUACAAGUUGAUUGUCCCUUCAUUGUGGUAUACGAAGGAAAAUGAAAAUCCAAAACUAAAUCUCAGCAUGUAUGGGUUUAUUGUCCCAACAACUCCCCUAAGCUGGGAUAAGGUUGACGGUAAGGGAAGAAUGGCUUGUGUCAAUAGUUUUGGUUUCGGGGGUACAAAUGCUCAUGUUAUAGUAGAAGAACACACUGUGAAUCGACACGAAAUGGUCCUAUAUCGCCGAGUCGACAGUGUAACAUUUUCACAAAAACAAUAUCUAGGUACUAGCAUAUUCCCAUACAUAAUUACUUUAUCAGCUACAGAUGACGAGUCACUCUUUCAAAAUAUAAAAUCUUUCCACGAAAGCUUACGUAAUGAAAACUAUGACCUACACGCUCUUUCGUGCACUUCCACGUGCAAACGUGACCAUCGACAAAAAAGAAAAGCUUUUGUAGCGACAUCAGAGGAUGACCUUCUUGAAUGUUGUCAGCGUUAUUUAAGCGACCCCCAAACAUUUGACUCAUUAACGAAAGACAAGAACAUUGUGUUCGUGUUUUGUGGGAUUGGCACUGCUUCAAACGCAAUGUGCAAACGACUUGUGGAGCACAGCCUUUUCCUUGAAACCUUGAAGAAGAUAGACGAGUGCCUUGAACCACUAACCAAUUGGUCUAUAGAAAGAAAAUUUCGUGAUGGAAUCAGUGGUAUUGAAGAAGACCCAUUGUUAGCUCACAUAGCGAUAUUUUCUUGUCAGAUCUGCCUGAUCCAUAUGUGGAAACAUAUUGGAGUGAUCCCGGAUAUUGUUAUAGGCCAGUCAGUUGGUGAAGUAGCCGCUGCUUUUGCCGGAGGACACAUUGACAUGCGUUCAGCUGUAGAAAUUAUUUAUCAUAGGUCAAAAUUCCUAGCAGAAGCUCCACCAGGAGAAAUGAUAGUCAUCCAGAAUGUUGAAGUGAUAAAGAUGUCUGAAUGCAUACAAAAUAUACACGUUGGUACACUUGCCAUUGCGGUAUUUAGUAGUGCCACAUGUUGUACUGUUUCUGGUGAUUCAAAAGGUAUCAAAGCUUUAAAGAGAGAAAUUUCUUCAAGAUAUGCCCAAGCAAAAGUAACAGACCUCGAAGUGCAAUGUGCAUAUCACAGUCCUUUAGUUGAAGAGUCUGCUGACAAGCUGAAAGCAGAACUGAUGCGACAUUCGCUGUCUUCGAGCAAGGAAACGAAACAUGUGAAGAUGAUAUCAACGACUUUUGAAACAAAACACAGCAGUAAUUUAGAUCUAGACCUUUUGCUUCCGUCAUACUGGAAAGAUAAUAUGAGACGCCCUGUUCAGUUUGAGAAAGCCAUAAAAUCAGCGUUUCAAGAGGACAAGUACAACAUUUACAUAGAGAUUGGUCCAAGACCUGUUUUGAGGGCCCAUGCUAAAAACAUCUUUGCCGACACAAAUUUCGAAGUGUUCCCUUCACUUGUUCCGGAAAAGGAAGAAAAGACACUAAUUGAAACAACCGGGUUGCUAUACCAACAAGGAAUGGAUAUUAGUUGGAAUGUUUUCCAUACAUGUAGCGCCAAAAUGACGGACAUUCCAUCAUACAGAUUCAAAGAGAUGCCAAAUCUACAUCGGAGUCAAACGGCUCAUUUUAGAAAUCAAGGAAUGACAUCGAAUUUGUCUUUUCACCCUUACUUGAAAAUCCUUCCACCAAAGGAUGGUUGCGUAAAGUUAAGAGCUCUCAUCGGGAAUAAGUCAACGUCCUUCUUGUAUGAACAUAAAGUGAGAGGGAAAGUCAUUUUGCCAGGUGCUUUUUAUGUUGAUAUUGGGUAUGAAAUAGCACGAGUUGGUUGGUUGAUUGAUACGAUGCAAUUAAGUAUUUCAGUAGAAUUCUUGAAAACAGUCCAAAUUGAAGAGGGGAAGAAGAUUAUAUUAGAAGCUUCCUCAGAUGAGAAGGAUACUAGUAAACUAUUUCACGUUUUCAAUGGCUCACAAGCAGUAUGCAGAGGAUGGGUUAAACGAAAGGUAUAUAUGCAGCCAUACAAUAUAAAUAUAGAAGCUUUGAAAACGUCUAUUACGUCAUCUGAAUUCCUUAGGCUUAGUAAAGCACAACUGUAUCAACAGCUGCAUGUAAAUGGGUUUGAAUACAGGGAUUCCUUCCAAAUUAUGCAAACGUGCCUGACAAAUGGCACCGAAAGUCUAACAAAAAUAAAGGUGGGAGAAUAUAUUUUGGGAAUCUCCUCGAAAAUGACGAUCCAUCCUUGCCUUCUUGAUGGCAUGCUUCAAACAACAACAAGUACAAUGUCCUUGCAGUUGGACACAGAAGUUUCCAAGCUACUUAAAAAAGAAAAGCUAUCAAUACUUCCUGUGGCAAUUGAGGAUGUUGCUGUCUUUUCGAUGCCGAAAGAAUAUAUGACUGUGUACACAAAGGUUGUGAACACGGUUGUGUUGGAAACGAUGUUUUCCGUGCACUACAAUAUACUACUGCUUGAUGACUGCGGUAAUGUUGUUGUUGAACUGAAGAAUUUUACUCUUUUCUCUAGACGAUCUUUAGAAAAUCGUGCGCCGUGUUUAUUAAAAUAUGAACAAAUCUGGAAACCAUUAGCCGUCAAUGACAAGAUUGCCGUUAAUUCAAACACAUUAGUCAUAUUAUCAGAAUCAAUCAUAUUGCCAGAAGAAUUUGUAAAUUCUGAAGACGUUUCCUACAUUCGGAAGAAUGAAAAUCAAUCAUUGAGCUCCUUUUUUGAGAGUGUGUUUUGCUACGCAUCAAACCGUAACAUUGAAACAUUUGUGGUUUUGGCCAACGAAUACCAUGUUGGCAGAGACAUUGACCCUGGAGUAGCAGGCAUUAUUUCAGACAAGAUCAAAGAUAACUGCCUUUUCAUUGCAGCACUAUUCAAAAGUAAAGCUGAGAAAAAUGACAGACGUCCUGUUUUCGUUGUCACCCAAAACACUCAAGUCCGUGAUGAUAAAAUACCCCAAACAGAGAACCUAUUUGGAGCGGAACUGUGGGGAUUCGUCCGUUCAGUGAAUUCUGAAUUUAUUUAUGGAAGCACCACUCUCGUUGAUGUACAGCCGUCUUUGCCGAAAACCUUCAAGGUUUUGUUGAAGUACAUUUCAUAUACGCUGAAGGACAUAGAUAUUGCAAAACCAGAAAUAAUUGUUACACAAGACGGGGUUUAUGCUUCUGAACUUAUGAAAGGGAAAAUAUCCUCGAUGGUUCCAAGGUUACGUAAGACUACAUCAUGUUCUUAUCAGUUAGAUACAAUCUUCAGUGUCAAUUCUGUUAGAUCGAAGUACAUGGAAGAUUGUUUCUUAGUACAAACUGAUAAUUGUUCACCGUUACAGACUAAGAAAAAUCAGAUGGAAAUCAGAGUUGAAAAAGCGUGUGUACAUCCACUUUCGGUGAACAACCGAACAACAAAAGAAAGCCACUUCAACAGUGACAUUUGGAAAGAUACCCAUGAUAAUGGCCAUAAAAUACUAGCACUAGAGUAUAUAGGACGGGUGGAAAAUCAAAGUGUAAUUGCACUCUUUCCGGCACCACUUCAAACUAAAAUGACUAUUCCAAAAUCAACCACAAUAGCAUUGGCAGAACUCCCGGUUUAUAGACCCGGUCUCUUGUAUACCUCUGUUAUUUGUUGGGAAAUAAUAAAUCAAAUAAAACAAGCAAAUUCUGUUGUGUUUUUCGACACAGAAGGAAGCGGUCCACUGGUAGGCAAAAUUCUGCAAAAUAUGGUUGCAUGGAAAUCACAAUCAACUGUAUUCCAUAUUAUCAACGAAGAAACAGAACAAUGCAAACUUAAAAACCAUGAUGUUUUUGUUACCCUAGGCGAACUAGAUGUCUCUUCACAUUGUCUAAAAAAUUCAAAACGAGUGAUAUGUCUUCAAAGAAAUAUUCUCGAUCAAACAAAAUUGUUUUUCUUAGGAAAAUGGUCAGGCAAAGAAAUUAUAAUUUUAGAGCCGGAGAAAAUAUUCCAUGAAAUUAACGUGAGUAAAAUCAUAAAGCCCUUAACUAAAUGGCUGAAACAAAAUAUUGAAAUUCUAGAAAUAGAGAAGUAUGGAAGAUUCGACAUGAAAGGAGCCUGUCAGCAGAGUGGCAAUUAUAUGUUCCCAUGUAGGACGUUGGAUAUCCAGAACUUAACACUUCCAGUUGGAAAAUCUCUCAAAACUAUGUUUGGAAAAGAGUUCACUUAUAUCGUGACAGGCGGAUUAACAGGACUUGGCUUUGAAAUUGUAAAACUAUUAUCAGAAAUGGGAGCUGGAAAUAUCAUAACGUUGAACAGAAGAAAAAUAUCAAGUGAAAAAGGCGAAGAAUUGAGGCGAAUGGAAACAGACAAUGGUUGCUUGAUAUUGUCUUUGCAAGCCGAUGUGAAUGACUUUUCUUCGCUCGAAAGCGCAAUGCAAGAUAUUGAAAGAAUAUGUGGAUUGAAAACAUUGAAAGGCGUUUUUCAUUGUGCAGGCGUUCUCAGUGGAAAGACAUUAAUUAAUUUACAAGAGGAAGAACUGGACAAAGUAUUAAAGCCAAAAGUAUUAGGUACACUGAAUAUGCAUGUUGUCACAAAAAAAGCACAGCUCGACUUCUUUGUCGUGUCUUCAUCAGUUAGCAGUUUUAUUGGAAUUCCCGGUCAGAGCAAUUACGGAGCAGCAAACUGUUUCCAGGAUGCGUUCAUUAGAUGGAGACGACUAAACGGUUUCGCGGGGCAAACAAUUCAUUGGGGUGCGUUGUCUGUAGGAAUGGCGUCUUGGCCAGCUUUCACUGAGAACCUGAAAAAAAGAGGAUACGAACUGCUGACAGUUCCAGAGAUUCGUAGCUGUCUACAAGAAGCAUUACUCGCUGAUUUGACGGGAACAAUUUACCAAAACGUUAAUUGGAGAAAGGUCGCUGAAGACCAUGACAACGCACAAAUGGCGCGAGCACGUCUGAUCUUAGAAAAUAUAUUCACAGAAGAAGUUGCAGUGGCCAAGACACAUUUCAAAGGCUCAACCAUGGUGUUUGACCUGCAAUCUCUUGCGAAUAAAGACGAAGCUUCCCAAAAAAAGGCAAUUGAGGAAUAUGUGAUGAUUGUCUUCAGUAAAGUCAUUGGUACAACUGAGCAGUUGAGACUACAGACAUCGUUGGGAGAACUUGGGCUUGACUCUAUGUCAACUUUGACGAUGAUCAAUCUUAUUCAAGAAAGCACAGGUUACAAAUUGGAUAGCAGAUUCAUGCUUGAUCAGUCAAAGACUAUAAAUGAUGUUGUAAUGGAGCUUCAAAAUAAUGUUUUAAGACAGACAUAACUUCAGACAAAUCUAUUGUCAUUGGUCUUACUUUUGGAUUUAGACCUAAACAACUUUAAAAACAGUAUGUCCGUCUCGUAUUAAAGAAGGUCAGUUUGACGAUUAAUGAAAACGGUUGCGAUGCUUAUCAAAAAUUCAAAUGAAAUUAUUUCCAAAGAAAGACUGGUGGUAUUUCUCUCUUGACUGAAAUAUCUUAAGAGAGGAAUUUAAAGCGGCAUUUCACGGUGUGUAAUAAAAAAAAUGGAAGAAGUCUAUACAGAAAUGGCAAAACAUAUAAAGAAUCCUAAACAAAUAUAAUUACGCAGAACUUCUAUAUUUAGACAGGAUGAAUGUCUUUCUCUACAACUUCAGUUGUAGUCAAUGACAUUACUGUCAUACGUUGCUAUACGAGUAUAAUCGCUAUUAUUAUUUUCUUUAUUCUAAUAUUUAGAAUAUGAAUUCAUUUUGAUAUUGAUAAUUUGGUUUUUAAAAAAUAAUGUCUUACAUUAACUCUGCGCUUUAGCUGGACUGUCUGAUUCGGCAAAUAAAUAUGUUACAUUAGGUGCUAAAAGUGAAACCAGUUUUACAAGGGGAAUAAUUCAAUUACAUUUAUCUUCUGUGUGAUGUUCUUCUUCUAUAGCAAACGCAUUUCUUUCCUUGCUGAUUGUAUAAGUAUGUCUGAAAUUGUAAUUGUAUUAUAAAUAAGUUCGCAGUGUUAUUCAGAUAGUAACUCUGUUUCAAACUCAUUUUAAAUUUUGAUUGCUGUAGUGACUUCAAAUAUUACUUUACAAAUAACAGAAGGUUUUGAAUUUCCUAUAUAAUUUGAUUACAAAAUAAAAUGCAUUGAACAUAAUUGCUAAGUAGAUGUUAUUGUACAAAUAAUAUAAAAUUGUAAAACCCUGAUUCUCAACAUCUUUUUAAUGCUUUUCUAAGUUAGAAAAUAUACUAAAACAUUCAGA